AUGGGGACCACUUCCACUGUCACUGUCGACAAAUUAGGGCCCAAAUGCCACCCUAAUUACUCCUCUACCCCGCAAGAAAUUUUUGGAUACGAGGCGGGUAAGAAGCAGCAGGGGGAGAAGGAGAAGAAGAGGAAAUUCUUGCUUCCGCGGACGGAAGAGCAGAUCGCACAGGAUAUCUUGGCAUCCAGGAAACUAGUGGCGGGGAGAAGCUCCUCCGUCGGGAACAAUUACAGCAAUAAUAACUACAGGAGGUAUGUGUCGCGGCAGGGGGAUCAUCAAAGGAGAAAGAGUAGUAGUUGUAAGCGGCAUCAGAGUUUCUCAUUCAGAGUGUCCAAGGAAAAGGCAUGA